AUGAAUGAGCAUAUGACCAGAAGUUUUGAUGUUGAAGAAGUAGAUAACAAUGUUGCUCGGUGGUGGUCCUUGCUUAAAUUCUGCAUGCCACAAAAGUUCGCGGAGACUUUGAUUCUGGCGUGUACAGAAAUACCUGGUAGAUGGUGGAUCGAGACUCAAAUAUUCGAGCAAAUGGCAGCACUCAUCGAUACCAUUGCACAAGAAGAAGAUGAAAUGUUUCCCUCCGCAGGAGAGAUCGACGUCGUUAACAAUCAGAUCAAGGCAUGGACGGUCGUCAAGCCGCAAACUUUCAAGCAAGUCAUGGCUUCUGAGUACGCCUCCCAGUGGAAGGGCACAAUGGGAGAACAAUUGAAGAAGUUGCAUGACGCCGAUUCUUGGAUGCAAGUGCCAAAGACGCAAGCUCAUGGUGCAAAGGUCCUACCAGGGCCAGAUGGGUCAUUUGCGGUAUUUGCCAAGCGCCAGGAUUGGGGCAGUUACUAG